UCCGAUAUUAAAAUUUUUGUUUAUUUUUCAUUAUAUCCAGUUGUGCAGUUCUGGUCUUGUAACUUUCACUUAUGAUCGAAAAGCAAGGCAAAUCGUAUUUUCCCAAAAAGGAUGGUUUCUAAGUGGUAUCAUCGCAGUUUUCAUUACCUUCUCCCUUUUCGUGAACAUUUAUGUCACCUUUGGCAACAAUGAAUUUCUAACACUUGAAAAAGUAACAGAAAUUAGUGCAAUAUCUUUUGCAAACGCAUAUGUUUCGUUAAUAGUUAUAUUGUUUUCAUUGUGGAUUCGGGCCGAAAAAAUCGCGAUACUCCUAAAUAAUGGUCUCUUACUUAUAAGGGACAUCGAUAAACUAGUUGGCAUUCAAAAUAUGUUCAACGCAGAUUCAAAAAUUGUGAUUUUCUAUAAAAUCACAUUUUUCUUGACUAGACUAAUCAUUUAUCUGUGGCAUGUUGUGGAAACAAAUAACAAUAAAAGUUUGUUUUUGACGUUAAUUUCGAUUUUAUUGACUUUUGAAUUUAAUGCUAUACAAGUGGCUUCAAAUUGGCAUUUCUUCAUAAGCGUAAUCCAGUGGAGACUAUACGCAACAUUCAGCCAGAGUUUUGAGAUAUUUUUAAAGAAUAAUUUUCAAAAUUCAAACCAUUCGAACAGAAAAGAUAAAUUAGCAAACAUCAGGAUAUACCAAUGUUGUGAUAUCAGUGAUCAAAUCGAUGGGUAUGCCAAAAUCCUUGGACGCAUGUGUCAAAUUUCUUCUGAAAUCAACGACAAUUUCGGAAUACUCAUUACUGCUGUGAUUGCUUGUAAUUAUCUAAACAUCACAACUGAUUCUUAUUAUAUGUACUUCAUUUAUAUGAGCCAGCAACAGAUACAUUUGGAAAAUUUGACUGUUUUCACACGGAAGUAUAUAAUGGUAUUCGCGGAACUAAUAGCAACCAUUUUGACGAUAUUUGUGAGUAACUCCACAAUGUACCAUGCGCGCAAACUCGAAAGUGAUAUCGGGGCUUACACUAGCUUGCAGAAACUUGAUGAGCGUCUAGAAGAAACCAUCAAUACGUUUUCAAUGCAGUUGACACUCCAACAACUUGACAUAAACGCCUGCGGACUAUUCACGUUGGACAAUCAACUUUGUUUUGCAAUGAUAUCGUCGAUAGUGUCACAUUUGGUCGUGUUAAUUCAAUUUCAUAAAACAACUUGAUUUGAUUGAAAUAUAUUCACUGAUUACGC